UAUGACAGUUGCGUACUUUUCCCACCACUGGUAGUAUACAGGGAACAGGUUUCCAUCUGGGAGCCACGCUCCGUCUCCGCGGGGUGAUUCUCACCGUCGGAUGAAUCCAUUGUCUACAGCCGUUGAGCUGAGUGGGUUUUUCCUCAAAGACAUCUGAGGUCAACUGCUAAUUUCUCUCUUUUUAUCCUCAGUCGAUAUACGAAACAAAUGUCAGGAACCAAGGGAAUUAAAACAAGAUUUGACGAUUUCAACCAACUCAAUGUCAUUAUUAUGUAUCCUAUAAAGUAACCAUCUGUAUUAUUUUGAGGUUUAGUUGUAGUUUUGUGGGUAAGGUGUAGACUUGAAUGUGCUGUGAAGCUUGUAGGCUAGUUGUCUAACUGGCUCGGUGCGAGGUUGUUUACAUUUAGACAGGGGUGCGCAGCGUCGAGAGCAGUUGACAGGUUCACUGUCGCCGAAGUUGGUGUUCUUCUGACGACCGGGAAAGGACCACUCCGAAAAAUAUUUGAUUCGGUGUUUUUUAAAAGAGAAUUUGGUUAUUUUCCCUUUUACCUUUGAAUAACGUGUGAAAUGUAGCUGGAAUGAACCGGAGAGAUUAAUCCUGGAACCAAGGGAGACGGAGAGAGAGAGAGGGAUAUUUCACCAGUGGUUUGGUAAGCACUUCUCCCGAACAUGAAGGAGAAAAGUCGGGAUCAGAGCUUUUCUGACUCCCGGGAACUAGACGGGUCUUAUGAUCCGCUCACCGGUAACCCAGCAUCCAACCACAGCAAGCGAACUAUAAAACAGAGGUUCCUCAAGCUGCUGCCCUGCUGUCGCUCCAGAACCGCCCCCUCACUCAGUCAAAACAGUGUAGUGGAGGAUGGAGAGUUAUCUACAGUGUGUUAUAGACCAGAGGGGUUGGACCAGCUACUACAACAGACUAAGUUCACCAGGAGAGAACUACAGAUCCUCUACAGGGGCUUCAAGAAUGAAUGCCCUAGUGGUGUGGUGGAUGAAGAGACAUUCAAGUUAAUCUACUCCCAGUUCUUUCCUCAGGGAGACUCCAGCACCUACGCUCAUUUUCUGUUCGAAGCGUUUGACACCCACAAGAAUGGAACGGUGAGCUUCGAAGACUUCGUCACAGGCCUGUCAAUCAUCCUGAGAGGCUCUGUCACAGAGAAACUCAACUGGGCUUUUAACCUCUACGACCUCAACAAAGAUGGCUUCAUCACCAAAGAGGAGAUGACUGAUAUAAUGAGCUCUAUCUAUGACAUGAUGGGGACGUGUACGUACCCCUGUAUGCAGAACGACGCCCCCAAGGAGCACGUCGACAACUUCUUCCAGAAAAUGGACAAGAACAAAGAUGGCGUGGUCACCAUUGAGGAGUUUCUGGAGUCUUGUCAAAAGGAUGAGAACAUCAUGCAGUCCAUGCAUCUGUUUGACAACGUCAUUUAGUGAUACUUCCUGUGGGUGUGGCCUAAAGGACAGGGUGCCCAUAUUUAGCCUCACAGCCUCCACCCCUAGCUCCCCUCUAUCCCCAAACACAGACUCAUUAGGGAUGUCAGGUGGGUAAACAGUACCCCUCCAUGGAUCUCCACUCUCCUCCUACCUGGGAAGGUCAGACAACAGUUAGGUGGGCAAUAGGUACACCUCCAUGGGUCUCCACUCUCUCAUCCACCUCUAGCCCAUCUCUGCCCCCCAAAAGAGACUCCCCUACCUGGGAAGGUCAGACAACAGUUAGGGGCUCAAAGCCACGCCAUGUUGGAGACCAUAUCACUCAUUCUAUAUGACAUCACAUUCUCACUAUGCAAUAAUGUUAUUGAUUCUCUGAUUACUAGUUUGACAAAAUGGUGGACUGUUAUUCUUCUAAGGACAAAAGGCUUUAAAUGAAACAAUAAUCUCACUGCUUGGUCUGAACUUGUUAACUGUGAGAUGUAUUAUUAUCAAUCAUCGACAUUCUUCCAUUUCUCAAUGUUCUGGAAGGGAAUCCCCUGGCUGACGGAAUUACCCACAACCCUCCAAUCAUCCAUAUUGUGUCCUAUUUACCUCAACAGAAAUAUGGUCCGGGUCUGUUUAGGUUUUUUUGUGCGUGACUUCUGGUUAAGCGCUUCCGGCCAAUAGUUGGGAGCUAGCUAGCUAACUAACUCAGUAUCGCUUCUUACAACUUUCCAAACUUGGAUUCACAUAAAUGGUAAUUUUAUGUUCUGUAAGGGGUUGCCACGGCAACUGUCAGAAACAGAAACUGUUCAUGGAGCAGGAGUGUUUUGACCACCAAACUUUUUUGAGGAGCGAGUGCAGUUGUGAGGCUCCUUUUGAUUUGCACCCACCUCCUAAAGACGAGGAGUCUCUUUGGCUUUGGCUCAAAGCAUUGAAAAGAUGCUGUGAAGAAGUCAAUGGAACUCAAUCAAAACAAUCGAAUUGCCAUGGAAACGUGUGGGGGAAAGAUGCCAUGGGGGAAAGAUCCCAAAUCUCCUCAUUGCCCCCCAGCAAAAUGAACCUCCAUUUAGGCGUGUUAUUAUUUACAGUAUAGAGUACGUGUACUAUGUUGUGGUAAAAAUCUGAAAUGUAAUGCUUGUAUGGAUGUCAACCACAGGAGGUUGGUGGCACCUUAAUUGGGGAGGACGGGCUCAUAGUAAUGGCUGAAGCGAAAUCGUUGGAAUGGUAUCAAAUGCAUCAAACACAUGCGACUGAAGCCCUUCCAUUCGCUCCGUUCCAGCCUUUAUCAUGAGCCGUCCUCCCCUCAGCAGCCUCCUGUGAUGUCAACCCCAAUGUUCAGGUCAUCGUCACCAACCACCGACAUUGGUUAAAAACGACUUUGACUACACCACUGAUUUCUGUAUGCUAGCUAUGCUACCAGCUUUUAUGAAGGUGAGUUAGCCUUUAUCAGUCACUCCUUCUAAACCUGAAAAGGUACAACUCCUAAAUGAUGCAGCAAAAACAGCCAAAUAAAUUCAAAUCAGACUUUAGUAACCACAUUGUGGGCCUGUUUAGAAUGCAUCAAUCAUAACGGAUUGAUGAAUAUACACUUUGUUACAUCAGAUAUGUUGAAUGUGCACCAAUCCGGCGUCCCUCUUAUGUCCCCCACGGUCUGCGUUCCAUUGACCUCCUUUACAGCAUCUGUAGUGUCUGCAUGAUGUGUGUUUUAAAAAGGACAAUAAGUAAUAUUUAAUGUGGUUGUGUGUGUACUGUAUGUGCUGGAGAUGACUCCUUCUGAAAGUGUCUGUGUAUAUUUUUGUACAGACAUGAUGUUGAUGAUGUCUGUACAAACCCAAAUAUAAGUGAAUAAACCACUGUUGCUAUGCAAACAAAUGUAAAUGUUUUAUUUGUAGUGUUGGAAUCGGCUAAACUUCCAACAUUGAGAUAUGAAAUAAAUGCUAGAGAAGAAGCCUUGGACAGGAAGAGUGAAAGAGACUCUGGGUUGUGUGGUAGAAGUUAAGGGUUCUCUGUGGGAAGACAGAUGGCUGUGGAAUGUGUUGGGUGGAAGGGAGAAGAGCAACGGUUGAGAUAGGGGAGACAGAUGGCUGUGGAAUGUGUUGGGUGGAAGGGAGAAGAGCAACGGUUGAGAUAGGGGAGACAGAUGGACGUCUGUGGACUAGGGGAAGGAGGGGUUGUGAUAGGGGAGACAGAUGGCUGUGGAAUGUGUUGGAUGGAAGGGAGAAGAGCAACGGUUGAGAUAGGGGAGACAGAUGGCUGUGGAAUGUGUUGGGUGGAAGGGAGAAGAGCAACGGUUGAGAUAGGGGAGACAGAUGGCUGUGGAAUGUGUUGGGUGGAAGGGAGAAGAGCAACGGUUGAGAUAGGGGAGACAGAUGGCUGUGGAAUGUGUUGGGUGGAAGGGAGAAGAGCAACGGUUGAGAUAGGGGAGACAGAUGGCUGUGGAAUGUGUUGGGUGGAAGGGAGAAGAGCAACGGUUGAGAUAGGGGAGACAGAUGGACGUCUGUGGACUAGGGGAAGGAGGGGUUGAGAUAGGGGAGACAGACGGACUUCUGUGGACUAGGGAAAGGAGGGGUUGAGAUCUGUGGACUAGGGGAAGGAGGGGUUGAGAUAGGGGAGACAGAUGGACAUCUGUGGACUAGGGGAAGGAGGGGUUGAGAUAGGGGAGACAGACGGACAUCUGUGGACUAGAGGAAGG